AUGGCUGCCACCCGGGCGUUUGCCCCGGCCCAGCUGACGUAUUGGUCUAACAACGUCCAGGGACUCAACUCCCCGGAAAAACGGGCCCACUUGCACCGUCGACUGUGGAGCGCUAAAGCCUCCGUAGUUUUCCUGCAAGAAACCCAUCUCAAAGGUGGAGACGCACCUAAACUAGAAAACCGGCGCUUUCCUCUGGGAUUCUACGCUAACCACCCCGACACCAAAAAAGCCGGAGUCGCGAUUCUGUUCGCUCACUCGGUACCAUUCCAGAAUACACAAACUCUAGCAGACCCGAACGGGAGGUACCUCUUCCUGAGAGGCACCAUCGCAGACCAUGAAUACACCUUUGCGUGCUUAUACGGUCCAAACAGAAAGCAACAUAAGUUUCUACGCCAGGUGCUAGCCAAACUGGAAAAGUUCAGAGGGGCCCUGCUAAUCGUAGCAGGAGAUCUAAACAUGCCGCUGGACCCCAUACGAGACACCUCGAGGGGCCAAAGUGCGAUCCCCACACACUGCCUGAAAGCCGCACAACGAUUCUUACACAAGAUGGGGCUAGUGGACUGCUGGAGGACAUACCACCCAGACGACCGAGACUAUACCCACUACUCCGCGGUACACGCACACUAUAGUCGAAUCGACUACAUUUUCAUGGCCCAGGAGUAUCUUAACCUAUUACGUAGCGCAGACCUAGGCAUCAUGGACCACUCUGACCACGCACCGGUACUGAUCGAUACACAAUCCCCGCUCUUUAAACCCAGAGAAAGACAGUGGAAGCUUAAUGAAUCCAUGCUAGACGACCUGGAAUUUACCACCGCUAUGAACCAGGCCCUAACUGACUACUUCACGACAAACGAAAGUCCGGACAUACAGCCGCUGACUCUCUGGGAAGCGCACAAAUGUGUCAUCCAAGGACACCUUAUCACAAGCUGCACCCGCUGCAAAAAACAAAGGACGACGCAAAUUGCUAACCUGACAAGCCGCAUAGCUGAGCUUGAACAAACCCAUAAAUCCACUUUGGAUGACAACACAUACCUCCGACUCACGGAAACUCGCAGAGAGCUUCGAGAUAUAUUGACCCAAGGACUACUCCACACUGCCAGGAAAACAUCUCGAUACUUCUACGAACAUUCGAAUAAAAGUGGACGACUGCUGGCGAAGAUGCUCCAAGAAAAACGGAGAACACGACACGUCCACAAGAUACACACGAAAGAAGGUGCCAUCACCCGGCUCCCGGAGGGCAUCCUAACAGCUUUCAAAGAGUAUUACAAGACGCUAUACGACCAAGCACAGCAUAAAUCGGGACGUACGGUGACACACCAUCAGGAACGGAUAGCUGCAUACUUAGAAGAACAUACCACCCGCAAACUGACGCCUGAACAAAAGGCCGACCUGGAACAACCCAUGACAAUUGAGGCAUUAGCGGGAGCCUUGAAAACAUCCAAACCCCACAGGGCUCCGGGACCUGACUGCCUCCCUAUCGCAUAUAUACGUACCUUUAAGGACGUUCUCCUUCCUAGACUCCUCACCGGGAUCAAUUCCAUCCAAGAAGGAGGACGAUUCCCUAAGCCAUGGCCACCAGAGUAGCGCAAACGCUCCCCAACCUGAUACACCCGGACCAGGUUGGGUUCAUACCCGGGAGGGAGGCCAGGGACACCACCAUCCGAGCCCUUAACAUCAUACACACAGCAGUGGCCGGCAAACGAGACAUGGUGCUUCUAUCCACCGACGCCGAAAAGGCGUUUGACCGGGUAGACUGGGAUUACAUGGCAGCAACCCUGAGUCACAUGGGGUUUGGCCCACGAUUGCGAACCUGGGUAGCCGCACUAUACACCACGCCGUCAGCACGCAUACGUGUCAAUGGAGCCCUGACCGACUCAUUUGACAUAAGUAACGGCACAAGGCAAGGAUGCCCCCUAUCCCCCCUUCUAUUCGCCCUCACUCUCGAACCCUUCCUUGAAGCGGUCAGACAGCAUGGGGGGAUCACAGGAUUUAGCAUAGGCGGAAAGAAACACCGAGUAGCGGCUUAUGCCGACGACAUGCUAUUUUUCCUGGAGCAACCUAGGGUAUCGACACCGAACCUCCUGGACGCAUUUCGAACUUACAGUGAGGUAUCCAACCUAAAGCUAAAUCUGGAUAAAUCCGAAGCAAUGCUGCUCACGAGGGACGCGACUCUCCAGCAACACAUCCAAACGCAAUUCCCCUUCAGAAUAUGCACCUCCAAAUUGCGAUAUCUUGGCGUCUGGCUACCCGAGGACACGACGCGCAUAUACCAACUGAACUUCGCACCCCUUCUAGCUACCCUACAACUAGAUAUAAAACGGUGGACGGCCCAGUACAUCUCAUGGUUUGGCCGCAUAAAUGCAAUAAAAAUGAAUGUCAUGCCUCGCAUUCUAUACCUAUUCCAGACACUACCAACAACCAUCCCAAGAGGGUUCUUUCAAGCGAUAACGACUACCAUCCGACAGUUCGUCUGGAACCACAAACCAUCACGCGUGAAACGGUCCACCUUAGAACAACCAAAAAGCCAGGGCGGAACGGGACUCCCGUCGAUCAUCACAUACUACCAGGCAACCCACAUACAUCGACUGGUCGAUGGCACGCUAAUCCGACCACUAAACAAUGGGUCCACAUAGAAAUACAACAAGCCCUAGGCAAAAUCCCCGCCCAACUGUGGCUGGGCGAAACAUCUCUUGGGAACUUACGCACGGACAACCCAAUGAUAAACGCCACGCUGCAGGUCUGGUGCAAGGUUCGCUACACCAGGAACCUCACGACAUCCCCCAACCCGCUUACACCUAUUACUAACAAUCCGAAGCUGGCGGGAGGGCUUAGCCCAGCCGACCUAAGGAACUUGGGAGCUACAGACUGGGUAUACAUAAGCCAAUGGUGUGAUGGGCCGAACCUAAAGACAAUGGGGGAACUUCUACAAGACCGCCGACCAACUAGAAUGGACUAA